UGCUGCGGCUUAGGCGUGGCGUCCGCUCCGGGCGCCUGAAGGAGACUUGGAGUUUUUGGGGUCCCGCUGCUUGAGUCGCUGGGAGUCGUUGCCGCCGCCGCCGCCGCCGCCACUGCCGGCUAUCCAUGAGGAAGAUGCUCGCCGCUGUCUCUCGCGUGUUGGGCAUCGCCCAGAAGCCGGCAAGCAGAGUGCUCGUGGCCUCCCGUAAUUUUGCAAAUGAUGCUACAUUUGAAAUUAAGAAAUGCGAUCUUCACCGGCUGGAGGAGGGACCUCCUGUCACCACAGUGCUCACCAGGGAGGACGGGCUUAAGUACUACAGGAUGAUGCAGACGGUCCGCCGGAUGGAGUUAAAGGCAGAUCAGCUGUACAAGCAGAAGAUUAUUCGUGGUUUCUGUCACUUGUGUGAUGGUCAGGAAGCUUGUUGUGUGGGCCUGGAGGCUGGCAUAAAUCCUACAGACCAUCUUAUCACAGCCUAUCGGGCUCAUGGCUUUACCUUCACUCGUGGGCUUUCUGUCCGAGAAAUUCUCGCAGAGCUUACAGGACGAAGAGGAGGCUGUGCUAAAGGGAAAGGAGGAUCGAUGCACAUGUACGCCAAGAACUUCUAUGGGGGCAACGGCAUCGUCGGAGCUCAGGUGCCCUUGGGAGCGGGGAUUGCUCUGGCCUGUAAGUAUAAUGGAAAGGAUGAGGUCUGUCUGACUUUAUAUGGCGACGGUGCUGCUAAUCAGGGUCAGAUAUUUGAAGCUUACAACAUGGCAGCUUUGUGGAAACUGCCGUGUAUUUUCAUCUGUGAGAAUAACCGCUAUGGAAUGGGAACAUCUGUUGAGAGAGCAGCGGCCAGCACGGACUACUACAAGAGAGGCGACUUCAUCCCUGGGCUGAGGGUAGAUGGAAUGGACAUCUUGUGUGUCCGGGAGGCAACAAGGUUUGCAGCUGCCUACUGUAGAUCUGGAAAGGGGCCCAUACUGAUGGAGCUACAGACCUACCGUUAUCACGGACACAGCAUGAGCGACCCUGGCGUCAGUUACCGUACCCGAGAAGAGAUUCAGGAAGUAAGAAGUAAGAGUGACCCUAUCAUGCUGCUCAAGGAUAGAAUGGUGAACAGCAAUCUGGCCAGUGUUGAAGAAUUAAAGGAAAUUGAUGUUGAAGUGAGGAAGGAAAUUGAGGAUGCUGCCCAGUUUGCCACUGCUGAUCCUGAACCACCUUUGGAAGAGCUAGGCUAUCACAUUUACAGCAGCGAUCCGCCUUUUGAAGUUCGGGGUGCCAAUCAGUGGAUCAAGUUUAAGUCCAUCAGUUAAGGGGCGAGCGUACGUGACGGACGGCUACACCUUCAGGGGGCUCUUGGGCUCCAUCUGUAAGGGACUCUGUUCUCAACUUUGUUAAGGAAGAAAACCCCGGAAGAACAAUGUAGGUUAAGAUAGUAAGUGCAUGUGUUUUGUACAGUGUUGCAUUAAAAGCUGUUAUUGCACACUUAA